AUGGAGGAGGCGUUGGAGUUGGUGCGUGCCAAGGACACCAAGGAGAGAAUGGCGGGCGUCGAGCGACUACACCAGCUUCUGGAAACUUCCAGGAAGAGCCUCUCCUCCUCCGAUGUCACUUCGCUAGUCGACGUCUGCUUGGAUCUCUUGAAGGACAACAACUUUAGGGUUUCUCAGGGAGCUCUGCAGGCGCUUGCGUCGGCCGCUGUUCUGUCCGGCGAUCACUUCAAGCUCCACUUCAAUGCGCUUGUUCCUGCCGUGGUUGAGAGGUUGGGCGAUGCCAAGCAGCCCGUUCGGGACGCCGCCAGGAGACUCUUGCUUACUUUGAUGGAGGUUUCCUCUCCAACAAUCAUUGUUGAGAGGGCAGGGUGUUAUGCUUGGAUGCAUAAAAGCUUUAGAGUGCGGGAAGAAUUUGCUCGUACUGUUACAUCAGCAAUUGGUCUCUUUGCAUCCACAGAGCUGCCCCUUCAACGAGCUAUUCUUCCUCCUAUUUUGCAACUAUUAAAUGACCCUAACCCUGGUGUGAGGGAAGCAGCUACAGCGUGUAUUGAGGAAAUGUAUACACAAGUAGGUCCUCACUUCUCUGAUGAACUUCAGCGUCAUAAUCUUCCUCCAAUGAUGUUAAGAGAUAUUAAUGCAAGGCUUGAGAGAAUUGAACCCAAGAAUCGCCCCACAGAUGGAUUUACAAGUAACUAUUCUGCCCCUGAGUUUAGAUCUGUAAGCCACAGUACCAAGAAAAGCAGUCCCAAGGCCAAAUAUUCAACAAGGGAGGUAUCCCUCUUUGGAGGAGAUGGUGAUAUUACAGAAAAACCAGUUGACCCAAUUAAAGUAUAUUCAGAAAAGGAGCUAAUCAGGGAAUUUGAGAAGAUUGCAUCCACCUUUGUACCAGAUAAGGAUUGGUCUAUCCGUAUUGCUGCCAUGCAGAGAGUAGAAGGACUUGUAAUUGGAGGCGCAGCUGAUUACCCUUGCUUUCGUGGACUUCUAAAACAACUUGUUGGCCCUCUGAGCACACAAUUAUCUGAUCGGAGAUCCAGCAUAGUGAAACAGGCAUGCCAUCUACUGAACUUUCUAUCAAAAGAGCUUCUGGGAGAUUUUGAGGCAUGUGCUGAGAUGUUCAUUCCGGUCCUUUUCAAGCUUGUUGUGAUAACUGUUCUUGUUAUUGCAGAAUCAGCUGAUAACUGCAUUAAAACGAUGCUGCGCAACUGCAAAGUUGCCCGUGUACUUCCUCGUAUAGCAGAUUGUGCAAAGAAUGAUCGCAAUGCAGUACUUCGUGCUAGGUGCUGUGAGUAUGCACUUUUGAUACUAGAACAUUGGCCUGAUGCACCUGAGAUACAACGGUCUUCUGAUCUGUAUGAGGACCUUAUAAAAUGUUGUGUGGCUGAUGCAAUGAGUGAUGUACGCUCAACUGCAAGAACCCUGUACAGAAUGUUCGCAAAAACUUGGCCUGAACGUUCAAGGCGCUUGUUUUUAUCCUUCGAUUCUGUAAUCCAAAGGAUAAUAAAUGAGGAAGAUGGUGGUAUACAUAGGCGACAUGCCUCUCCUUCUCUUCGAGAGAGGAGUUCACACAUGCUUGCUCCUCAAGCAUCUGCAUCUCCACAUCUCCCUGGUUAUGGAACCUCUGCGAUUGUUGCCAUGGAUAAAAGUGCCACUUUGCCAUCAGGGGCUUCUAUUUCCUCUGGAUUACUUCUGUCGCAGUCAAAACCCGCAGCAACUGGCUCAGAGCGAAGCCUAGAAAGUGUACUGCAUGCCAGUAAACAGAAAGUUUCUGCUAUAGAAAGCUUGCUAAAAGGCCUGGACACAUCUGAGAAAACUAGGUCAUCUAGUUUAGAUCUAGGAGUUGACCCACCAUCUUCUCGUGAUCCACCUUUCCCACCUGCUGUUCCAGCAUCAAACAGUCUUACAAAUGCCUUAUUAGUAGAUACACCAUUGGGUAUCUCUAAAGGUAAUAAUUCCAAUGGUGGGUUGGGUUUGUCAGACAUAAUUACACAGAUCAAAAGUUCUAAAGAUUCCACUAAAUUAUCAUACCAUGUUAACAUGGGGAAUGAACCCCUCUCAGUGCAUUCAUCCUUCCCGGCAAGAAGAGUUUCUGAGAAACUACAUGAAAGGGGCUUUGUUGAAGAGAAUCCUGAUAUUCGGGAGGCUAGGAGAUACAUGAACUCACAUGCUGACAGGCAAUACUUAGACACACCGUAUAGAGACACUAAUUUCAGGGAUUCCCAUAGUAACUAUGUUCCUCACUUUCAAAGGCCUCUAUCGAGAAAAAGUUCAACAGGACGGAUGUCUGCUAGCAGGAGAAGGAGUUUUGAUGAUAGCCAAUUCCCUCUGGGUGAUCUGUCAGGCUAUGCAGAUGGACCUGCUUCUCUUAGUGAUGCAUUAAGUGAGGGGCUUAGUUCAAGUUCUGAUUGGAAUGCCAGGGUCUCUGCUUUCAACUUUGUUCAUUCUUUGCUACAGCAAGGGCCUAGAGGUAUUCAAGAAAUCAUCCAAAGUUUUGAGAAGGUGAUGAAGUUGUUUUACCAGCACCUUGAUGAUCCCCAUCAUAAGGUUGCCCAGGCUGCACUCUCAACACUUGCAGAGCUUAUCCCAUCUUGCAAAAAACCAUUUGAAAGUUACAUAGAGAGAAUCUUGCCUCAUGUUUUCUCACGCUUAAUUGAUCCUAAGGAACUGGUCAGGCAAUCAUGCUCUACUACUUUGGAUAUUGUUGGAAAAACUUAUGGUACAGAUUCCCUUUUACCUGCUUUGCUCCGUUCCCUGGAUGAACAGCGUUCUCCAAAGGCAAAAUUGGCAGUAAUAGAAUUUUCAAUUGGUUCUUUCAAUAACCAUCCUUCGAGUUCUGAAGGUUCUUUUAACAUUGGCAUCCUUAAGUUAUGGCUUGCCAAAUUGGCACCGUUGGCCCAUGAUAAGAACACAAAACUAAAGGAAGCCUCUAUUACAUGCAUUAUUUCUGUUUACACACACUUUGAUGCAACAGCCGUACUGAAUUUUAUUCUUAGCUUAUCAGUUGAGGAACAGAAUUCCUUGAGGCGAGCCCUUAAACAGUAUACUCCUCGUAUUGAAGUGGAUUUGAUGAAUUUUCUCCAGAACAAGAAAGAGAGGCAGCGCACCAAGACUUCAUAUGAUCCAUCUGAUGUCAUUGGAACAUCUUCAGAAGAGGGAUAUAUUGGAUCUUCAAAGAAGAGUCAUCUAUUUGGAAGGUAUUCUGGUGGUUCAGUUGAUAGUGAUGGUGGCAGAAGAUGGAACUCUCUUCAAGAUUCAACCUAUGUCACGGGCUCUACUGGUCUCUCAAUAUCUGAUGAUACUCAAGAUCUUUAUAGCAGUCUAGAAACUAGUUCCAACACUGCUAUUCCUACUUCUAAGGCCAAAUACGGGACAAAUACCCCAACUGAAACCAUUGGAACAUUUACUAAACAGCUUGAAACUGAUGAAAAUGGUUCAACCAUGGAGUUGGAAUCCAUUUCCACUCGCCUGGAUAUCAAUGGGCUAGUUGAUUCAGACCAGCAACAAAGUACUGCAGGUGUUGGCGCUGAUAAAGCGCCUUUACCUGAUUUAUCACCUAGUUAUCCUAAACUAGCAGCAUUGAAGAUAAAUUCAGCUCCAGAAACUGGACCUAGUAUCCCUCAGAUUCUUCAUACGAUUUGCAAUGGGAAUGAUGGAAGUCCUACGACAAAAAAGUGUGCUGCACUUCAACAGCUGGUUGAAGCUUCUGUUGCCAAUGACCAAUCUAUUUGGAAUAAGUACUUCAAUCAGAUUUUAACAGCCAUACUUGAGGUUUUAAGUGAUUCUGAGCCAUCUAUAAGGGAACUUGCUCUAUCAAUGAUAGUUGAAAUGCUGAAGAAUCAGAAAGAUGCUAUGGAGGAAUCAAUUGAGAUCGUAAUUGAAAAACUGCUUCAUGUCACCAAGGAUGCUGUUCCCAAAGUAGCAAAUGAAGCAGAACAUUGCUUGACAAUAGUGUUGUCUCAAUACGACCCAUUCAGAUGUUUAAGUGUUGUUGUUCCCUCACUGGUUACUGAAGAUGAGAAGACUCUUGUAACCUGUAUAAACUCCCUGACAAAGCUUGUGGGCAGACUUUCACAGGAGGAGUUAAUGUCUCAAUUACCUUCCUUCUUGCCUGCCUUGUUUGAUGCAUUCGGGAACCAAAGUGCUGAUGUUCGCAAGACUGUUGUUUUCUGUUUAGUUGACAUAUACAUAAUGCUUGGGAAAGCAUUUUUGCCAUACUUGGAAGGGCUGAAUAGUACACAACUGAGGCUGGUGACAAUCUACGCUAAUCGGAUAUCACAAGCAAGAACAGGUGCUCCGAUAGAUGGUACCCAAAGUUAG